GAGCCGGCGUGGGGAUCGGGAUGCUGCUGGGCAUGACGACGCGGCCGUAAGGAUGCGCGAGGGGUCUGCACUCCUUCUCCGAGCCCCGCGAGGGUGCUUGGCUCGGCGGCUGGACUAGCGCGGCCUGGGAACCCCGAAACCCUCCGAAGGCUGGGCCUCAGCACGGACAACAGAAACUGCAGCCAUGACCACCCACGUCACCCUGGAAGAUGCCCUGUCCAACGUGGACCUACUGGAAGAGCUGCCCCUCCCUGACCAGCAGCCAUGCAUCGAGCCCCCACCUUCCUCCAUAAUGUACCAGGCUAACUUUGACACAAACUUCGAGGACAGGAAUGCCUUUGUCACGGGCAUUGCAAGGUACAUCGAGCAGGCUACAGUGCACUCCAGCAUGAAUGAAAUGCUGGAGGAAGGGCACGAGUAUGCAGUCAUGCUAUACACCUGGCGCAGCUGUUCCCGGGCCAUCCCCCAGGUGAAAUGCAAUGAGCAGCCCAACCGAGUGGAAAUCUAUGAGAAGACGGUAGAAGUGCUGGAGCCUGAGGUCACCAAGCUCAUGAAGUUCAUGUACUUUCAGCGCAAAGCCAUCGAGCGGUUCUGCAGUGAGGUGAAGCGACUGUGCCAUGCCGAGCGGAGGAAGGACUUUGUCUCCGAGGCCUACCUCCUGACCCUGGGCAAGUUCAUCAACAUGUUUGCAGUCUUGGACGAGCUGAAGAAUAUGAAGUGCAGUGUCAAGAACGACCACUCUGCCUACAAGAGGGCAGCGCAGUUCCUGAGGAAGAUGGCUGACCCCCAGUCCAUCCAGGAGUCGCAGAACCUGUCCAUGUUCCUGGCCAACCACAACAGGAUCACCCAGUGUCUCCACCAGCAACUGGAAGUGAUCCCAGGCUAUGAGGAGCUGCUGGCUGACAUUGUCAACAUCUGCGUGGAUUACUACGAGAACAAGAUGUAUCUGACCCCCAGUGAGAAGCACAUGCUCCUCAAGGUAAUGGGUUUUGGUCUGUACCUGAUGGAUGGGAAUGUCAGUAACAUUUACAAAUUGGAUGCCAAGAAGAGAAUCAACCUCAGCAAAAUUGAUAAGUUCUUUAAGCAGCUGCAGGUGGUGCCCCUUUUCGGCGACAUGCAGAUAGAGCUGGCCAGAUACAUUAAGACCAGUGCUCACUAUGAAGAGAACAAGUCCAAGUGGACGUGCACCCAGAGCAGCAUCAGCCCCCAGUACAAUAUCUGCGAGCAGAUGGUUCAGAUCCGCGAUGACCAUAUCCGCUUCAUCUCGGAACUCGCUCGCUACAGCAACAGUGAGGUGGUGACGGGCUCCGGGCUGGACAGCCAGAAGUCAGAUGAGGAGUACCGCGAGCUCUUUGACCUGGCCCUGCGGGGCCUGCAGCUCUUAUCCAAGUGGAGCGCCCACGUCAUGGAGGUGUACUCCUGGAAGCUGGUUCACCCCACGGACAAGUUCUGCAACAAGGACUGCCCGGGCACGGCCGAGGAGUACGAGCGAGCCACGCGCUACAACUACACCAGUGAAGAGAAGUUCGCCUUCGUCGAGGUGAUCGCCAUGAUCAAAGGCCUGCAGGUGCUCAUGGGCAGGAUGGAGAGCGUCUUCAACCAGGCCAUCAGGAACACCAUCUACGCGGCCCUGCAGGACUUUGCCCAGGUGACCCUUCGCGAGCCCCUAAGGCAGGCGGUACGGAAGAAGAAGAACGUCCUCAUCAGUGUUCUACAGGCGAUUCGGAAAACCAUCUGUGACUGGGAGGGGGGCCGUGAGCCCCCCAAUGACCCGUGCUUGAAAGGGGAGAAGGACCCCAAGGGUGGAUUUGACAUCAAGGUGCCGCGGCGAGCCGUGGGUCCCUCCAGCACACAGGCCUGCCAGUGGUCCCCGCGGGCUUUGUUUCACCCCACUGGUGGCACACAGGGCCGAAGAGGCUGCCGAUCCUUGCUGUACAUGGUGCGGACCAUGCUUGAAUCGCUCAUCGCGGACAAAAGCGGUUCCAAGAAGACCCUGCGGAGCAGCCUGGAUGGACCCAUCGUCCUGGCCAUCGAAGACUUCCACAAGCAGUCCUUCUUCUUCACGCACCUGCUCAACAUCAGCGAAGCCCUGCAGCAGUGUUGUGACCUCUCCCAGCUCUGGUUCAGAGAAUUCUUCCUGGAGUUGACCAUGGGCCGGCGAAUCCAGUUCCCCAUCGAGAUGUCCAUGCCCUGGAUUCUAACAGACCAUAUCUUGGAAACCAAAGAACCUUCCAUGAUGGAGUAUGUCCUCUACCCUUUGGAUCUGUACAACGACAGCGCCUACUAUGCUCUGACCAAGUUUAAAAAGCAGUUCCUGUACGAUGAGAUCGAAGCCGAGGUGAACCUGUGUUUUGAUCAGUUUGUCUACAAGCUGGCGGACCAGAUCUUUGCCUACUAUAAAGCCAUGGCCGGCAGCGUCCUGUUGGAUAAACGUUUUAGGGCCGAAUGUAAGAAUUAUGGAGUCAUCAUUCCAUACCCACCAUCCAACCGCUAUGAAACCCUGUUGAAACAGAGACACGUUCAGCUGUUGGGUAGAUCCAUUGACUUGAACAGACUCAUUACCCAGCGUAUCUCUGCUGCCAUGUAUAAAUCCUUGGACCAGGCCAUCAGCCGCUUUGAGAGUGAGGACCUGACCUCAAUUGUGGAGCUGGAGUGGCUGCUGGAGAUCAACCGGCUCACGCACCGGCUGCUGUGUAAACACAUGACCCUGGACAGCUUCGACGCCAUGUUUCGGGAGGCCAACCACAAUGUGUCCGCCCCCUACGGCCGAAUCACCCUGCACGUCUUCUGGGAGCUCAACUUCGACUUCCUCCCCAACUACUGCUAUAACGGCUCCACCAACCGUUUUGUCCGAACUGCCAUUCCUUUCACCCAAGAACCGCAGAGAGAUAAACCCGCCAACGUCCAGCCUUAUUACCUCUAUGGGUCUAAGCCUCUCAACAUCGCCUACAGCCACAUCUACAGCUCCUACAGAAACUUUGUGGGGCCCCCGCAUUUCAAGACCAUCUGCAGACUCCUCGGUUACCAGGGCAUUGCUGUGGUCAUGGAGGAACUGCUGAAGAUCGUCAAAAGCUUGCUCCAAGGGACUAUCCUCCAGUACGUGAAAACACUGAUCGAGGUCAUGCCCAAGAUAUGCCGUCUGCCCCGGCAUGAGUACGGCUCCCCAGGGAUCCUGGAGUUCUUUCACCACCAGCUGAAGGACAUCAUCGAAUACGCAGAGCUCAAGACUGACGUGUUCCAGAGCCUGAGGGAGGUGGGCAAUGCCAUCCUGUUCUGCUUGCUUAUCGAGCAAGCUCUGUCUCAGGAGGAAGUCUGUGAUUUGCUUCAUGCUGCACCCUUCCAAAACAUCUUGCCUAGAGUCUACAUCAAAGAGGGUGAGCGUCUGGAGGUCCGGAUGAAACGCCUGGAAGCCAAGUAUGCCCCACUUCACCUGGUCCCUCUGAUAGAGCGGCUGGGGACCCCUCAGCAAAUCGCCAUUGCUCGGGAGGGCGACCUGCUGACCAAGGAGCGACUGUGCUGUGGACUGUCCAUGUUCGAGGUCAUCCUGACCCGCAUCCGGAGCUACCUGCAGGACCCUGUCUGGCGGGGCCCGCCACCCACCAACGGCGUCAUGCACGUGGACGAGUGCGUGGAAUUCCACCGGCUCUGGAGUGCCAUGCAAUUCGUCUAUUGCAUCCCCGUGGGGACCAACGAGUUCACAGCUGAGCAGUGUUUCGGAGACGGCUUGAACUGGGCCGGCUGCUCCAUCAUCGUCCUGCUGGGCCAGCAGCGUCGCUUUGACCUGUUCGACUUCUGUUACCACCUGCUCAAAGUACAGAGGCAAGACGGGAAAGAUGAAAUCAUUAAGAAUGUGCCCCUGAAGAAGAUGGCAGACAGGAUCAGGAAAUACCAGAUCUUGAACAAUGAGGUUUUUGCCAUCCUGAACAAGUACAUGAAGUCCGUGGAGACGGACAGUUCCACCGUGGAGCAUGUGCGCUGCUUCCAGCCGCCCAUCCACCAGUCCCUGGCUACCACCUGCUAGGCGGAAGGUCCUGCAAACCCUCAAGCUGGAGGAGGAGAAGCAGGAGAGAGAAAGCCACAGCCAGCCUGCGACAGGGUCCGACUGGACAAUGUGUGAGAUGAACCUGGAAGCAAACAAGAACCUCCCCAAACACAUCUGCACCUUCCGAGGGCUGGGCCUCUGCAUGCUCUCCCAUGACAUCUCCAUGGUGGUUUUUCCAUAGUGUAAAUGAAAAAAAAAAAAAAAGAACAGAAACAGGGCAGUACUUGCUUUUUUCUCUUUUUCCCCUCAGCUAUGUUAAGAGCCCUAGUUUCACCCUUUCUCCAUCUCAUGGUCCCCACAUCCAUGGUUGCUACACAAAACCUCCUCCCCUGAUUGUGACCUCCUGCCCAGUGCCCACAUGCAACCCCAGGACUGAAGUCUUAGAGAUGGAGAAAAGAGUGUGGCCAUGCCCCAAGACGUCAGCCUGGCUUGACAGGCAUGCGUCCACUUCCUAGCAUCUUCACUUCCUCUGGCUCCUUCCCCCUACUUCCCACAGUCUCAUCUUGUCCUGCUCCAGAUGCCAGGGAUUCAACCGCCAAGUGUACUCCUGGACCAAGCACUGAGAGCCAUGGUGAAUGGGCGACGAGCUUCCUGGUAUCAGUGCCAUGGUAGAUGGUGUUGAGGUGUUGCCUUUGGCCUUCCAUGGACUCUUAAAACCACAUCCUGACUCCCCUCUCAGGGCACUCCUAGGGAGAACUCAGAAAUGCAUUCACAGCUGAAAUGGGUGAGCGGAAUUUGGGUAGGAAGAUGGUCAGGCCUGCUGUGUAGAAGCAGUAUUUAUGAACACAGCCAGGAAUUCCAUAGUCCAAAACAGAAAGCUGUUAGAACCCUUCAUCAGCUUGAUGGUGAGAGGGUCUUUUGUUUAUUGAACAAGUAGUUAGCACCAAGUCGCACAGAGAGUGAACACUGGACUACUGGCCAGACAUGCACUGCCCACAGCAUUAGCCAGCAACCAAAUUAGGAACCACUUCUUGGCACAGAAUCUCUCAUCCAGAAAAACCCUCACAAGAAAGAAACUAUUAAAGGGUUAUUUUAACAGAAUCCAAAAAACACCUUGGGGUCAAGGAGGUAAGGAGUGUAAAUAAUACUUGUCAAUGAGCUUUUAAUACCAACCAACCCAGGGAUCAAACCCACCUCUCUUGCAUGUCCUGCAUUGGCAGGCAGAUUCUUUACCACUAGCACCACCUGGGAAGCCCCUUUUAAUACUAAAAUACAGCCAAAGAGGAACGCUGUUCUAAUGAAUCAGGACUUUUAUUGUCCUAGAAGCUGAAAAAUUGUGGAGACAUUUGACCUUUGGCUUCUAUUCUUUGAUGUUCCUUAACUUAGAUUUUGAGAUGUAGGUCAUAUCUCACAGGGACAUUGUUAUUGUUCAGUUGCUCAGUCAUGUCCAACUAUUUGCAACCCCAUGGACUGCAGCACGCUGGGCUUCCCUGUUCAUCAUCUCCCAGAGUUUGCUCAAACUCAUGUCCAUUGAGUCAGCAAUGCCAUCCAGCCAUGCCUGCUUCCAUUUCCCAGAAUGAAUCAAAAUUCCUUGCAGAAUCUCUUACUGCGCAUGGGGAAGCUGUUUAGAAGGACAGAAGCCUUUGGGAAAUGAAUGUCUCCUUACAGAGCACCUUAUCCUCAAAGGGAAUCUGUGAGCCUGAGCUUGUAUGAACAUAUAAAAUGAGACAAUUUGGUAUUUCUUCCCUGGCCCAGGAAGGAAAAGAGAGAAAAUAAACUGAUAAUGAUCGCCUCACUCAGGGCAGAUGAAUAGAAAUUGUUUCCAUUAACCAGAUGGCCCAUUUCAUCCCCAGGCAAGAGCAAAGAAGUGUCCAUAGCAGGAGGUUUGUGUUAUCCACUCAUGUUCACCAAGGAGGACAGAGGUGGGGCUCGCCAAGUGUGAUCCAAAGGCCACCUCCAUCAGGACUUCUGAGAUUUAACACAUUUGAUGCAGAUUCCUGGGCCUACCUCAAACCCACCAAUCCUGCAUCUCUGGGAGCAGAAUUGAGAAAUCUGCACUUGCCACAAGCUGGAUUGUUCUGUUACACAUCAGAGUCUGAGGACCACUGCUGUAGAGGCCCCCUGCACUGCUAACCUUGGGCUUUGAGCUCCCUCUGAGCCAUGAAAGAAAAUAAUUGUAGGGAAGGAAAGCAAGUCAGGGUACAAGCUGUCAGAUCCUCCUGUUUGGAGCUGCCACUUCCUAUUCUCAUAGGAAUAGUAUUUCUCUCUCUCUGUCUUUUAUUUUUUCCUUCUUGAAGAUCAUACAUGUGUCCCAAAGGCAAAAGUGAGGGGUUACACCACAUGGAAGAACUAUAUGGUAAAACUCACCUUCAAAACCCGCAUAAAAUUUCUAAGCUCCAGAGACUUGAGUCUUCAGGCCUGUCUGGGUACAGUAGGUGGCUCGCUUUCUCAGCUACUUGACUGUCUGUUAAGUCCUGGAGAUCAUUCUAAGUCCUUGACUGUUGCUUUGUAGAGAUUUGGAUCACCCAUUUGAUGAGAUUGCCAUUUCAAUAACCUGCCCCUCCCAUCCUAUCAUAGCCCUGACUUUGACCCUCUGGGUAGAAUCCCAUUGCCCUCAAGAGAUUUUAUCUCAGUAAAUUGAGGUCUUCACCUUUAGGAGAGAUGUUUCAUUUCCCUGGCUCACCAGCAGCAUUGAUUCACAAAUACAGAACGGGUUUAAUAUUCUUUCCUUCCUGGUGUUACUGCCCCUCUUUUGAUUUUUUGUGUAUCUAAGAACCAAGAAAAAUAAAAUCCUAGGUUUUAAAAGGUUUAAAAAAAUUCUGUUUCAGAAACUGUCAAAUGUACCAUAUUUGUAUUAAGAGUUGUCGGGGAUUUUUGUACAAUGAAUUUACAUUUAUUUAUGGUGACUUAUAUUUACGCUUGUGAUCAAAUAAUGAUGUUAAAUUCUUAAAUCAUAUUUGCUAUGCAGCUGAAGAUGAUAUUUUGCUUUGUAUUUUGGGGUACCUGUGUUGAGUUGAUAAACAUUUCCAUCUCCAUUAAAACUGCUUCCAAACUCGUGAAA